CUUUACCUCACUGCCCUUCUUCCUGCAACUCCACUCUCCGCUGAAGGAACUCAGAACCCAAAAGGAGGAACCAUGAGGAACACCAUACUGAGGAUGCUGGUCGCUCUGACGUGCGCUCUGUCUGCCUUUGCUGAUGUCAUGCCCAUUGCAGACUUUGACCUGCAGAAGAUGGCAGGCAAGUGGUACCUUGUUGGUUUUGCCACCAAUGCUCCGUGGUUUGUGAACCACAAGGCAGGCAUGAAGAUGGGCACUGCUGUAGUAACACCAACCGAAGGAGGAGACAUGGACCUCUCAUACGCAAACCUGAAUGCUGAUGGAACCUGCUGGAGAAUGACUCACCUGGCAAAAAAGACAGAAACUCCUGGACGCUACACCUUCCACAGCCAGCUUUGGAACAAUGACAAUGACAUGCGCAUUGUUGAUGUUGUGUACGACGACUACGCUCUGGUCCACACAAUCAAGACAAAGGAAGGAGUGUCUGAGGUUCUCAACAAGCUUUACAGCCGUUCCUCUGAGGUCAGUGAUGUCCUGCAGCAGAAGUUUGCACAGUUAUCUCUUAGUACUGGCAUCCUUGCGGACAACGUGGCCAUCCUGCCUAAAAAUGCUGAAUGUCCUGAGGUCUGAAGGGUCCCCUGCUGCUCCCAAUCAUCCAAUCUGCAUCAUCUGCCUAGGCUUUCAUCUCAGAAGAGUCUGAUUGCUUCCAAUCUGGUGUCUCUGACAUCACAAAGAUACCACUGAGACAAUAAAGCAUUCACUUCAAUCUCCUCCUGCAUACCAAAGAUCAGUUGUGGUCCUAAUAAGACCUCAAUCUCUCCAUUUCGCAUUUUAACUGCUUCAGAGUGGAACAAAAAAAGGUCUGAUUGUGAAAUAAAGGGAAAGAAAACUUGA